UUUACUCCACUUUGCUGCCUUGGCUUCCCCAGAUUGCUUGUCGCUCUGCUCAAUCAACGGCUUAGUAAUUAGACAUUGUGUGGCAGUGGAUUCGGAUGUGGGAGUUAGAGCAGUGGAGACUUCUUCUCGUCAGGAACCGAUUGCAUAUCAAGAAGAGGCCAUUUUAGAACCAUACCAAGGUAUGGAGUUUGAAUCUGAAGAUGCUGCCAAGAUAUUCUAUGAUGACUAUGCGAGGCGCCUUGGAUUUGUCAUGCGUGUCAUGUCAUGUCGUCGGUCCGAAAGAGAUGGUAGGAUUCUUGCUCGUCGACUUGGCUGUAACAAGGAAGGUCACUGUGUUAGUAUUCGAGGUAAAUUUGGACCCAAUAGAAAACCGCGAGCGAGUACAAGGGAAGGGUGUAAGGCAAUGAUUCAUGUCAAGUAUGAUAAAUCUGGUAAGUGGGUGAUUACAAAAUUCGUUAAGGAACAUAACCAUUCACUUGUGGUGUCUCCACGUGAAGCACGUCAAACAAUGGAUGAGAAGGAUAAGAAAAUUCAGGAAUUAUCCGCAGAGCUUCGGAAUAAGAAACGCUUGUGUACAACAUAUCAAGAACAGUUAACAGCAUUUAUGAAAAUUGUUGAAGAGUAUAAUGACCAGCUAUCCUUGAAAGUGAGAAACGUAGUUAACAAUCUUAAAGAAUUCGAGUUCAUAGAUGUGGAGCUUACGCAACGAGGAUAGCGUCAGCAACUAGACAACAAGAAAGAAAAAAAGAGACAAAAAUCCACAAUUGCUUGUAUUCAUAUUUCAUAGGUGUGCAAGCAGUGAUGGAAUUACUGUAUACCGUCCUCCAUGUUUCAUGAGCUAUGAUCAUGUUUGAAUUCCGUUGGUGUGGCUUGUAGCAACCAGAAAUCACUUUCUUGGGCAAACAGUAAAAGAUGAUAAUAUCGAAGUUGUAAUGGAUGCCUAGUUGUGGUCAUACGGUGCAUGGGGGUAGCCAAAAACUUCUAGACAGAGCAGAUUGUAUCCAGUUUCCCAUAGCAGAAAUUUUCUUUGGCCCACGUAUGUCAAUUGAUAACAAUUGUAGUAGUUUUGAGUUUUGACUUAUGUUUACAAUUCUUCUGUUUUUGUCCUUCAGUCUUCAACUAGCUAUGUUUAUACAUACAUAAAAGACCUGGGGAAAUUAUGUGCCUUCAGGCUUCAUUAGCAUGCUAAUAUCCAGGCUUCUUUUUUCUCAGCUAUUUCUCCGCCUAUGUAUCAUAUGUGAAUUAGGAUUUCAGUCCUUCUGUGUUGACCGGAAAUGAAUCCGAGAAUCCUGAAAAGCUAGUCACAUACUUGCACAAUUUCCAACUCUUUUCCUUGGUGUAUGACCAUUCCAAAGACCGUAAUGUUACA